AAUUGCAAUGGAUUUAUUGGAUAUUUUAUGUUGAUAAUGUAAUGAAAUGUAUUGCAGUAUUUUAAUUGGAUGUCGGAAAAACUAUAUCUAAAACAUAACCCGCAAUGUAUAACGAGCAUAUUUAAAUAUUCAUUACACAAGCCACGAAUGCGGUUACGCAAUAUAUAAUAUUGUAAAUAAACAAAAUGCAAAAUGUCAAGCCGACGUGUUUUGUCGUGGUGGGGUUUAGUGAACGUGAAAAAUUUACUAAGGUGAUGUGGUAUUCAAUCAGUAUUCACUUUCUAAUCGCGCUGUUCGGUCUCGGUAGUGUGUUUAAUGCGGUGGAAUAAUGUCUUACGAAAAGUUGAAAGACUAUCUUACAUACCAUGGUCAAGAGCACCUUAUCAAGUACUGGCUGGAUAUUAGCGAUAAUGAAAGGGAGCAAUUGGCGGGAGAAAUACGAAAACUAGAUUUGGGGGAGAUGAACGAAAUUUUCCGCCGUUCUAUGGAAAGUACGCAACUUAUAUUGGAAAAGCAAGACAAUGAUUUGAAGCCUAUUCCACAAACUCAUUAUGAAUCUGUGUCCAGUUUGAGUCAAAGUAAAUUCGAGGAGUAUGAGAGGAUUGGUUUUGAAGAGAUUUCAAAAGGUAAUGUUGGUGUUUUAUUACUUGCUGGCGGCCAGGCUACCAGGUUGGGUUUUGGACAUCCAAAAGGCAUGUAUGAUGUAGGCUUGCCAUCUCACAAGAGCCUGUUCCAAAUUCAAGCUGAAAGAAUUUGCCGUCUGCACAGAAUGUCUGAAGAAAAGACUGGAAAGUAUGGAAAAAUUACAUGGUAUAUUAUGACAUCUGAACAUACUAUGGGUCCAACUGUAAGAUUCUUCAAAGAUCACUCUUAUUUUGGUUUAAAUGAAGAUGACAUUGUGUUUUUUGAACAAGGUACACUCCCAUGCUUUGAUUUUGAUGGUAAAAUAAUUUUAGAUGAAAAAUACCAUUUAUCAUCUGCCCCUGAUGGUAAUGGUGGGUUAUAUCGUGCCUUAAAAUCGCAAGGUAUCCUUGAUGAUAUCAAGAGACGUGGAGUUGAGCAUCUCCAUGCUCACUCUGUUGAUAAUAUACUCAUUAAAGUAGCAGAUCCUGUCUUCAUUGGUUACUGCAAAAGCAAGAAUGCUGACUGUGCUGCAAAAGUGGUACAGAAGUCGUCACCUAGUGAGCCUGUUGGUGUUGUUUGCCGGGUGAAUGGACACUACAAAGUUGUAGAGUACUCCGAGCUUACAGAUGAAGCUGCAGAAAGGAAGAACCCUGACGGACGGCUAACAUUCUCAGCAGGUAACAUAUGCAACCAUUACUUUUCUGCUGAUUUCCUCAACAAAAUUUCAGACUUUGAAAAGAAACUUAAGCUGCAUUUGGCGAAAAAGAAGAUUCCUUUUGUAGACAGUCUUGGUAUCAAACAGAAACCAACAGUACCAAAUGGUAUUAAAAUAGAGAAAUUCAUAUUUGAUGUGUUUGAGUUUGCUGAGAACUUUAUCUGUCUGGAAGUUGAUCGGGAUGUGGAAUUCUCUGCAUUAAAGAACUCUGAUGAAGCUAAGAAAGAUUGUCCAUCUACAGCCCGCGAGGAUGUGCUGAGACUUCAUAGGAAAUAUAUCAGACAGGCUGGUGGUAUUAUCGCUGAUGAUAUAGAACUGGAAAUAUCUCCAUUACUUUCCUAUGGAGGUGAGGACUUGAAAGAGUUAGUGGAGAAUGAAGUGUUCGCAAUUUCGCCAUUCCAUUUGAAGAGUAUGCAUGAGACAACUAACGGAUAUAAGAAUGGUAAUCACUAGAAACAGAUUUAAUUUGAUAUUGUUAUCAUAGAUAAAUAUGGUGAUAAAAUUAAAUGAAAUACAUUUAAAAAGCAAUCUGAUAACACUUCCUGGGAAGGUGAUUUGUUUAAAAAUUACAAAAGAUGGUUGAUUUUUCUCUAUAAAAUCUGUAUGUUUGUUAAAAUUUGUGAAAGAAACAAAUGUGGAUUAAAUUCGAAAUUAUUUCCAAUAUUCGUUCAUUGCCGAAAUCGGUAGUGAUUUUUAUUUGUAUAUAUUUCAAUAAUAUUAGGCAAAUGUAUUACUAAUUGUACAUUAGCGAAUAAUUUAAUUAAUGCAAUUAAUAUUACUUAAUGGUUUCUUAGUAUCAUUACAUAAUGUACUAGAAUGUAGAAACUUUAUUUGGUAAUGCUAAGUGGCUUAAUGUGAGUCGAAAUUUAACACCAAUAGUAGGGUUGCCAAGUUAUUAGAAAAGUAUUUUUGGGAGAGGACAAAAAAAAACAUUAAUUAAAAUGAUAAUUAUUUUUUAAAUUUUUAAUUUGAAUUCAUAUGAGUACCAACAAUAUAAAAAUAUACAAAUAUUAACAACAUUAAUUAGUUCAGUAAAUAGAAAUGUAUUUUGUUAUGUUAUGUUAACAAUCACAUACUUAAAAAGAAAUUUUUUUGUAAAAAAAAAAUGAUUUCAUUGUAGGUUUUAGAUUAUAUAAGUACAUCUACAUGAAAAAGAAUACAAAACUCUAUUUUGAAGUACGAUUGGCAACCCUUACCUAUAGUGUAAUGGUUAGAUAAACCUCUUUUGGUAGUGGUAAUUUUUGUGUGUGUUUCUGUAUGUAUUUUUUUAUUCUAUGUCAUCAUAAUUUUUUUGCUUACCUAUUUUUCUUCACUUAUCAUGGGCUGUAAUAUAUAUUUAUUAUAUAUAUUUGUUUUUAUGUUCUAUUUUUUAGGUACAUUUAUUUCUUUGCAAUUGCUGAAUAUUUAAACAUGGCAAUAUAAAUUCUAAAUAGAUUUUAUUAUGUUAUUUUUUGUAACUGUUAUCUACCAAGUUUAUUAUUUGUUGAUGAGAUAUCCGUAAGAAUUGGUGAUUUAUUUAUUAAUAGUGAUGGGCCGAAUGUGGUUUGAACCGUAUAUCGCUGCCCUUUGUCGGGAGUGACAUGUUUAUGCAUCGCAGUUAGCUACGCCCCACCCGCAUUCCGCGCACACCUGCGUGAGUCUGGUGCACCGGUCGGCACUCUAAUAAAAUUGUCUUUUCUAGUAUUUGUUCUUCAUUUCGCCAAAUGUGCAUCUGCGAAAUAACCAUUUAUUUACAUUGUACUUGAAUAAAAUGAAAUUGUACAUUACAACAAAAAAAAAAAAUUGGUAUAAAUCUAGUGUAUUCUAGUCAAAAAAAUUAUACUUUUUCACAUUUUUUUUAUUUAUCACUUGUUUUUAUAUAUACUGUCCUGUAUUGUGUUUAAAAAAUAAUGUAUGUUAGAAGUCGUAAAUGUUUAAGUCGUGAAUUAUGUAUUGUAAGGGCCAUGCUAAUCAGAAUAGUGACAGUACUAGUACCGCUACCCUCUAGAGCAAUAGGUGCGGUUGAGGGAAUAAUAUCAACAGUACCGUUCUCACAGCUAUGCAGCCGUUCGCAUUCAUUUUUAAUUUUAAAAUUUUUUAAAAUGAGUUAUUUUCGUGGUGCGAGAAAUAUAUAACUUUUCUUUAUUGUAAUUAACAUAACAUAUAUGUAUAUUUUGGUCAUGAAGCACAUAUAUUAUCCUGUUAUUGAUCUAAUAUUGUAUUGUGAGGCUCCUUUGCACAGGAUACCGGCUUGAUUAUGGGUACCAGAACGGCGCCUAUUUCUGCCGUAUGCAGUAAUGUGUUUCUUAAAUAUAAUAAUUCCUAAGAUUACUGGGCAAAUGAAACUUAACAUAUUAUGUCUCAAGGUGAUUGACCUGAAAUCUGUGCUCUAUGACCAGGUUCGUAUUCCAGCAGGCGUCUUAAUACGUAAUACCGGAUUUACGGCCGUUCCCAAUAUACUAUCUAUAGAUAGAGAUAAAUUACUACCUUCUACUGUCAGUAACUAGCUGUCAAUAAUCUGAAGCUGUCCCAAUAUUCUUAUCGCAUUAUAUUGGGACGCGUGAAUUGAAAUUUCCAUACAAACUUCUAUCGCUGGUAAGCUAUACGUCCUCCCAUUGACAAACAGCAUGUACGGAUAAGGUGAGUUACCGUCGAUAAUUUAAUGGGACAGAAAAGUUACGAACGAUUUUUAUUUCAAGUAGGCUACAACCGGAGAUAGACUGAAUAUUGGGAACGGCCGUAAGUGUAUUUUGUCACUGUCUUCAUACCUGUGCAUGAAAGAGAUGGACUACAGUUGAUAGCGGAUUACGAAUUGAAACGUCUUUUUGAGUACGGACCUUAGAUUUUAAUGUUACUAUAAAUUUUAUUUAGUAUUAUAAUUGUAUAACUAGCUGUUAAUAAAAAUAUUCCAUUUAUGUUAGUUUUUGGUUAGAAGACUUAUUUGUAUGUUUUGGCCCUUCUGAUAAUCCGAGUAAAACCGUCGCGUUUCUUUAAAUUAGAUCGAGAAAUCAUGGGAGUUGCUUUAAAACCUUUAUUAAUCUAUAAAUAGUCAGGUUUUAAUAAGGUUUUGUUUUACAAGGCUCGUCUUGUGACAAAUAAAUGAAAUAGGUAAAAUCACUCAAAUUAAAACUGUUUUUUGUCUGAAAUGUAUUGGUGAUAGAAAAAACCGUUCUGAACCAGUUUAUUCAAUAAAAUCUGCAUAAGCCGUAUUACGAUGAAAUAUACCGUUAAAGAUAGAAAAAAAAACGAACAUAAAGUUUUCUAUGUACUUAAACGUUAACCGAUUAGAUGUUAUUUCGGUUUUGUUUGUGAGAUUUUUAAACAAUUUGCAAAUGAGAGAUAUAUUUUGUUUUAUACUCUUAUAAGGGGGAAUGGGUAAAAAGCUGAUUGGCGGGGAGUGAUGAGGGAACCGCACAUGGACACCGCAACACCAGGUGUCAAGAGAUGGGUUAAAUGACUUUAAUUUGGGAGAAUGAUCUAUUCAUAGUAGCGACUAGUAAUUGAUUUCACAAUUUUGCUGUACGAGUCAUGAAAUUUCUCGAAAAUCGCACGGUUCUUGAAUGCCAGACGUCAACAUGAACCAGGUGGAAAUUUGUCAUUUUGACGUAACCUCCGCUGGUGGUGUGUGUUUUGUCUUCACAAGUUAACAAGAUAAAAUACCAGAAGUCGAAUACGGAACUGAUUUAUUAGUUACAAAUCAAAUCAAAAUCAAUUUAUUCACGCAGGCCAAGCAAAUGACACAUGAAUGUCAUAAAUUUACAUUUACCAUCACUUCGGAAAAGGUUGAGCUUUAAGGGAAGACGUGGCAGGACAUUCAUUGCCACUCUUAAAUCAACAUUGAAAGCUUCAGGGGUCGAUGAUAUACCUACAGCCCGCUGGCAGAGACCCUAAAACAUGGAACGAUUAGUGAUCGAAUCACUGUAAAAACGCAUUCAUAAAACAUUUAAAAUCGUUUAUUUUCUUGUAAAAAUCUUUAAACACUACCCCAUCAAAACAUCGUUAGGCUUAUCAUCAAUAAACAACACAAUCUUAAUUAAUUAAUGUUAUUUUAAUGUUUUCUGGGCUAAUGGCUAUGAUGAAAGUUCAUUAAAUGUUUAUGUUUGAUAAAAAACUGUUCAUUUGUUAUCAAGCUAAUAUUUUUAUGUUAGAUGGGCAAACGGGGAAGUGCUAAUUUGACUAAAAUUAAAAAAAUAUUUUUUUCGCUGUAAAAUUUUAAAAGUUAUUUAGUGUAAGUCAGGUUGAAGUACAAAAGGUAUUCAAAUGAGUAUACAAAUAUUUAUUAACAAUAAAUUUAGCAACAUUAGUCCCAACUAUAUUUAUCGUUCAAAUAAUCCCUCACAAUUUAAUACCUAUGAUUGGUUAAAAAGAUCGUGCUUUAAGAAUGUGUGAAAAAUUGUUAGUUAAUAAUACAUCAUGUUUGUUUUUAUUAACUGUAAUAGUAAAACAUACUCUAACAUUAUAAUUUUAUCUGUGUAGCUUUUUUUAUAAUAAAUAGGGCAUACGGUAAGUGGCUUAACUGCCGAAAAUUAAAAAGGACCACCGCCCAUGGACAUCAGAGUUUAAAAUAUAUGUUGCUAGCCUUUGAAAGAAGAUUUCUAGACUUGACGGUACAGCCUUUUGAAAGAGAUUGAAAUAUAUGAAGAGCUUUUUAUUCGGCUAUGUUCUACCUUUAACCUAACGUUUAUAUUAAAGGUUUUUUAUUAAUAAACUGGUUGAGAAAAGUUUUUUUCAUCGCCGAAUGAGUGAGCACAACGUUUCAAUGACCUUACGGUUUUCUUUUGGCUUUACGCGGAAUUAACGGGUUAAUAAAACAACUCCCACAGCGUUUAUACUCCAAAUAAUCGAUACAAACCGAUUUUAUCCGGUGAUAAUCGCUAAAUUUAAAACAAAAUGGUUCCAAGUAUUGAGUAUUUUUGUUCCAUUACUUUACAUAAUGUAUUGUAAUCAUUAGUUCAUUGUGAUGCAAAAGUGGAAAGUAAAUCAAAUCAAAUUGGAAUGGAAAUAGUAAAAAACAAAUCAACCAACUAAAUAUGUUUAUUUCCACACACUUUCAGAAAAUGGUGGUAACUGUAAAAGUUUUUGACUUUCCUAAGUGUUGACCUUUAUGAAUGAAGUGAUUUUGAUUUGAUUUAUUUCCCUUUUCAUGUACGGGAGCUUAAAUAAUAACCAUCGUGCGUAGGUACUUAAAUACAUUAUUUGUUAGAUUAUUUUUACGUUCCUGUAUUUUAAUUAGAUGUAAUACUUAUAAUUAUUAUCUACAAUAAAUUAUCGUAUAACUUAA